AUGAAACAGAUGAAUGAUAAACAUACGUGGUACGUUGGUCGUUCGACUCGUUACAUAAUACCUAAGGUACCACAGCAACCAAACUCAGUUGACUGUGGAGUUUAUGUCAUGAAAUUUGCAGAGAUGUUAAUUAAGGAACCAUUGACUGGAGAGAUGUUGAUGAAAAUUCCUGAUUUUCGCCAAUCAUUCGAUCAUGCCGAGAUAUCAGCCAUGCGAGAACGAGUCAAAUCACUUUUGUCAACAUUAUAA